CGUCUCCUUCUACCCUUUCUCGAUCCUUCUACCCUUUCCUCUAUCCUUCCCCUAUUCCCAUCUCCUUCUACUCUUUCAAGUUUCCUCUCCCCAAAAAAUCAUUCCUCCUCCCUCUCCAUUCACAAGAUCUGUUUCUCUACCCUCACAACUGCCAUCAAUCUGAACGGCGGGGAAGGGAGGUUCGUGGUGCUGCUGUCAUCGGGGUUUGUCGUUCUGCCCUACGGCCACGGCAGGGUGGUGCAGAAUGAUGUUGGCGGCGAGGAAGGACAGGCCGCUGCCGGGGUGGAUGAGGGAGUGGUGAUGAGCGGAUGCGUUGUGACGAUUGGGUUCCAGAUCUUGGUGAACAACUUGUCGGUGGGGAAGCUGGCGGCGCAUUCGAUGGAUACGGUGAACAACCUGCCGUUGUGCACCAUCCAGAGGAUCAAGGACUCCCUCCAUCUUCCCAUCACUUUGUCAAAGGAGGCCUCUGUUUUCUUCGCAGCUCCAUCGAUGAGAGACGAGGGAUCUGAGUUUGAUCUCAUGGCGUGA